UUUCGCGACACAGGAUGAUGCUGAAUGAGAAAAAACGGAUGAACAACGCCGAUUAAAAAAAAUCAGUUGAGCUGAUAUAACUUACCAAACAAUGACAGCUUGCGUAGCGGUUACGUUACUACGAUAAUAUUAUACUGAGUAUCCGGCGAGAUGUGACGUCGCAUCCAAUUUUGCGAGCUGGUUGCAUGCAGUGAGACGUAGAAAAUAGCAUAAUAAGAAUGAACUAUUCUUAUAGCGUAGAAGAGAUACCUUCUGACGACGUUCCCAGCGUGGAACACGACAUUCGACGCGCGAAGAAAUUUCUUCAGAAACACAGCACAGAAUCGGGUGACAGCUUAUACGACCACCUAACUGAACUUUUAACAAAACUACUUGCUGAGCAACCGCGAAACGCAAUCGAUAUUUUCGAGGAAUAUAGCAGAAAAUUGAAGGAGGAGAGAUUUAAGACUAAGACGGAUCAUCUUCGAGAUCUGUAUGUACCACCGGUACAGUACGAAGAUGCCAAGAAGCUCAUUAAGCUCUUCCAGGUGCGGUCUGACAAGUAACGGAUAAUGAAACCGCGAUACAUAGCGAGUUUUCUUCGGAUAAAUAAUAUGCAAAUGACGCAAACGAUGCAAACUAUAAUCUUCGUUUUACUGUGCCUUUCAAUCUUCCUGCAAUCAUGACAGAGUGUAAAGCAGAUUGACGAGGAUGAUCAGGAGAGAAUGGGGGACGAGGAGGAGGACGAUAAGAAAAAGAAGUAUCCCGACAUGUUGGAUCUUUUGUUCUACUUAGAGCAAACGGGUGUAGGGUUGCCGCGACACGAAAUGGUGUUGCUUAAUUUAUCGAUUCGGAAGUUUGCCUCCACAAUGCCGGUUGAAAAUAUUAGGUUUUGGGGUAAAAUACUUGGAAAACCCAAAAAUUAUUACGUAGUAGAGGCCGAAUUUCAAGCGGACGAGAUUGCUCGAAGAUUAGAGCAAGAGAAAGAAGAAGUACAAAGAGAGGAAGAGGAACCCGAAACCGAUGCGGCAACAAAAUUCGCAGAGGAAGAAGCCGUGGCAAAAAACGAGACAGAAGCCGUGGAUGAAACUGAAAUCCCGCUCGAGGAUACUAAAAUAGGAAAAUCCUUAGAGCUUGUCUUUCCUCCUCUGCCUGUUAAUCUGUGGAGACCGUUGCCGGAAAUACCGGCUGAAAAAAUCGGGAGCGGUGUAAAUAAAAAAGUAUAUUUUGUAUGCAACGCGCCUGGGUUGGACGAGUGGAUCGAACUUCCGCCGGUUACGCCGCAGCAGAUAGUAAUUGCACGACAGAUUGUCCGAUACUGUACGGGAAACUUGGAGACACCGAUUCACAGUUUCCCGCCGUUUCCCGGUACCGAGAAAAAUUACCUUCGCGCACAAAUUGCAAGGAUCAGUGCGACCACUCACGUUUCGCCGAUCGGCUUUUUCACAUUCGGCGGAGAAGCCGAGGAAGAAGAGAUGGAAGAAGAGAAAGACGUAGCACCUUAUAUAGAAGGAGAUUUAUUGGAAAACAUGCAUUAUGAACCGUUGUCGAUCAAGGAUCUCGUAGAUCCAAAUAUGUCGAAUUGGUGUCAUCAUAGCCCGUAUAUUCUCGAACAAGGACGAAUUAUCUGGUGGACUCCCGAGAAAGAGGAAGAUAUUGUGGACGAAGAACUCGAGGAGGAAGAUGAAGGGGAGAAAGAUGAAGUCAAGACGAUCGGGAAAGAAACCGGACCACCUCUCUUAACUCCUUUAUCCGAAGAUGCCAUUGUUGAUUCCGUGAUACCGUGGACUGCUAAACAAUCGUCAUUCCUGCAACCAGAUAUUGCAAUAGCUUUAGUUAGAUCAAAUGUAUGGCCUGGAGCUUUUGCAUUCGCUGUCGGAAGACGCUUCGCGAAUGUGUACAUCGGUUGGGGCCACAAACACAACGCGUACAAUUAUAGUCCUCCCAAUAUGCCGCCUAUCCAAGAUCAGUAUAAAAUCGGCCCGGAAAUCAUGGAAAUCCGCGAUCCCACCGUCGACGAAGAAGGCUUAUAUCGACAGGCUAUGGAGCCAAUAGAACGAGAAGAAGAGAUAUUAGUUGAAGAGGAGGAGGAAGACGAAGAAGAGGAUGAAGAGGAAGAUGAGGAAGAGCGCGAAUAAUUUUCUUCGCGUACGUCGCGCGAUUCAAAUGCGAUAUAUUCUCCCGUUUGAAUACGUUAAAUCAAAUAUUUAAAUCAAAUAUUCUUCCACAGAGUGCACUACAGGAUUGUUGCAACUUGGCGUAUCGAUAAUGUAGGUUUCAGUUUAAGCAUUCCAAAUAAUAUUAUCAAACUAAGAGAAU